GAUUAUUAUUACGAUGUCAAACGACCUCUCUUGACUUGUCCGCUCGCACGCGCGCAGCCUCGCGGACUGGGAUUACAACAACUGGAGUGGCGCGCGCACAACUCACUCGUGUUUAUGUAAUGCCAUAUGUGACUGAGAGUGUGUGUCUGUGUGUGCGUGCGCGCUGGAGCUGGCGCGAGCUGGUCCAGCACCGCGGCGGCGACAGCGGUCACACGUUGAGCAUCAGCGACCCGUGCGUGAUUUAUCCUGCGGUUUGAGGGCUCGUGAGAUUUCAGAGGGGGUGCGGAUUUGACCCAGCAUAUAGGAGGGCGCUCGAGCUCCACCGUUUUCACGCACGGCACGCACGUAGACCCGGUGAAAUCGUCACGCGGAUAGAAUCUGUGGAAUCUGUCGCGAGUGUGUUCCUGCGCGGCCGGAGAGCAUCCCGGCAGAGAGCGAGGUCCGGUCGGUCGGUCGGUGGUUUGGUGCGGGUCGGUAGCACCGCGUGGAGCGGGGAGGUAGAGCGGGACGUGCGCUGGACUCCUGGCCGCAUCGGAGCAUCCCACUCCCGGCAGCAUCCAUCCCUCCGCGCCUCAGCUCCAGCGGGAGGCCCGGAGCGGCGGCAGGAUGUAGCAGCGGAUUAACGGAGGAGAGAGGGGCGCUCAGAGGAAGAGAGCGGGACCGAGCGGACCGGGGCGGGACGGAGGGGACAUGGGGAAGGACCAGGAGCUGCUCCAGGCCGUGAAGACCGAGGACUUGCUGACAGCUCAGCGGCUUCUACAGAGACCUCGGCCAGGGAAAGCCAAGCUUCUCGGAGCAGCAAAGCGAGUGAACGUCAACAUCCAGGAUGCAGAUGGGUUGGCACCGCUGCACCAUGCUGCUCUGAGUGGUAACAAGGAGCUGAUCUCUCUGCUGUUGGAGGCCCAGGCAGCAGUGGAUAUUAAAGACCAUAAAGGGAUGCGUCCUCUGCAUUACGCUGCAUGGCAGGGGAAGACUGAACCAAUGAAAAUGCUGCUGAAGGCAGGCUCGUCAGUCAACGGACAGUCAGAUGAAGGACAAAUCCCUCUCCACCUAUCAGCUCAGCACGGGCACUAUGAUGGGUCGGAAAUGCUGCUCCAACACCAGUCCAACCCGUGUAUCUCAGACUCAGCUGGGAAAACACCCUUGGACCUUGCCUGUGAAUUUGGACGUGUCGGAGUGGUCCAGCUCCUGCUCAGCAGUAACAUGUGUGCAGCCAUGCUGGAACCGAAACCCUCCGACCCCAACGGAGUGUCACCUCUGCAUCUCGCUGCCAAGAACGGACACAUUGAUGUCAUACGGCUGCUGAUUCAGGCUGGUAUAGAUAUCAACAGACAGUCUGAGUCUGGCACAGCACUACAUCAGGCAGCCCUCUGUGGGAAGACGGAGGUAGUGCGCCUGCUGCUGGAUAGCGGUAUCAGUGCAGGAGUGAGAAACACUCUGAGUCAAACCGCCCUGGACAUCGUUAAUCAAUUCACCACCACACAGGCCAGCAGAGAGAUCAAACAGCUACUGAGAGAUGCUUCAGCUGCGAUGCAGGUGCGUGCACUGAAGGAUUACUGCAACAACUACGACCUUACCAGCCUCAACAUCAAAGCUGGAGACAUUAUCACGGUUUUGGAGCAGCACUCUGAUGGCCGAUGGAAAGGCUGUAUUCAUGACAACCGCACAGGAAAUGACCGUGUGGGCUACUUCCCCUCCAACAUGGUGGAAGUCAUCAAGAGGGCAGGUCACUCCCCCUCCCAGCAGUGCCACACCCUCCUGCUCCGCAGGCCCAACCCCUGUCCCAUUGCCACGGUCAACGGACACUCAUACCCCCCCUCCAAAGUCCUCCCCCUGCAUCUGCCUCCCCCUCCUCCCCUUCACCCUGACACACAGUCCCUCCCUCGGUUCUCCUCCUUUGGGUACGUUCCUCUUCCCAUCUCUCCUCCUUCUCUGUCUAAUCCUCCUCCUCCUCCUCCUCCUCCUCCUCCUCUCUCCACUUCUCAGGAGCAGCAGAGUCAGACAGGUUCGCGGACUGCAGAGCUGAGUCCUCAAGGCUCUCCGACUCUGGGACACCAGAGCAGCACCACUGAGGACAUUUGGGUGCUGCGUAAACCGCUGGCAGGUGGCGAGCGCAGUGGCAGUGUGGGCAGCCUCGGCAGCGUUCGGUCAUCCAGCAGUUUGCAGAGCUCUGGAAACACACAUGUCCUGACCACCCCUGCACCCAGUCCACACCCGGCACCCACACCAGGCGUCAACACACACGGCCUUAACGCUCCGGGCCUGCACGCACAAGCUGAAGGGGUGAAGCUCCUGGCCACCGUGCUAUCCCAGUCAGUAAAAGCCAAGGAGCAUCUCUUGGAGCAGUCGCAGUCUGUUGAGCAGUCAGCGAGCUCCUCCAGUUGCACAGUUCAUGAACAGCGGUCAUUUGAGCGGAAGGCAGAGGAGGAUGAUGGGAAAAAGCAGGCAGUAGUGGCGUGGCUGGGUGAGUUUCAGCUGCAGUUCUACACCACCCACUUCCUCACCGCGGGAUAUGAUCUAGACACCAUUAGCCGCAUGACCCCUGAGGACUUGACGGCAAUUGGGGUCAUGAAGCCGGGACAUCGAAAGAAGUUAACAUCAGAGAUCAGCAAGCUGCCCUCCACAGACUGGCUGCCGGACCACAAGCCUGCCAAUUUGGCAGACUGGCUGUCACACCUGGGUCUUAGUCAGUACUACCAGGUCCUGGUGCAGAAUGGAUAUGAAAACAUUGACUUCAUCUCUGACAUCAGCCUUGAAGACCUGCAAGAGAUUGGUAUUACAAAGCUCGGCCAUCAGAAGAAGCUGAUGUUGGGAGUGAAGAGACUGAAGGACCUGCAGAGAGGAGAAAGUGGCUCUGAGCCUCCUCAGAGCCCCUCUACACCUCCGUCCAGUCCAGGUGGCAGCACCGGCUCAGAGCCCCGGAGGGAAGUGCGUAAGCAGAGGGAGGGUGCCCCCAGCCCACUGGCCAAACCUCGCCCAGGUCUCACACAUUCACAGACUCCUCCCCACUCACCGACACAAACCCCAACACAAACUCCCCCACAUGGCCGAACCCAGCAGGCAUCCCCCAGGGCUCGGCCGCGCCCCUCCACCCAGAUGGCAACAAUAGAUGCAUCAGUACCGCUGCUUCGUCUGCCCAGUGAGGAGGAAGAGCGACGGAGAACUCACAGUCUAAUUGGCUCAGAAUCAGACUCUAGAUAUGCCACUGUGUGCCGCAGCAGCUCUGCACGUACUGCCCCUAAUGAUGUCACUGUUAACCGCAGCCAAUCGUCUGUCACCCUCCGCCCCCGUCGGAAAGGUCGGCCCCCCACACCACCUAAACGGUCCUGUUCUUCCAUUACUGGGGGUGACGGGGAGGGAGAGGGACAGGUGGAGGGGCUACUUGGGCUGCCAACCUAUCGAGAGCGGCGAGCCAGUGACUGUGGCAGCCUGGGAUCAGCUUUAAGAUCUCAGGACUCAGCAGGCCUGGAGAGAUCAGAGGGGGCUUCUGGGAGUGUUCGCAGCCUCGCUGCUAUGCUGGAAACAUCCAUCGUAGGUGGAGCCAAAACCCUGCCAAGGAAUCUGGGAGGCAGCACCAACUACCUACAGGUGAGUCCGCCUGUACUUCGUCGGCAGGCUGGUGCAGGAGGUCUUGGAUCUGAGGAUGAGGAUGUCUUAAGUCGCCGCAGGACCAUCAGCGGACCAGAAGGCCUCCCUGGGGAUCAGCUCGACUUGUUACCUCGGCAACCAGCCCAGCAACGUCCAGAGCCCCGACCCCGCUCCACUGUGGUCUCCUCAGCAGCAGAGAUCACAGACGGCACAGCGACGCUCCGAAGGAGGCCGCAUCCUGUGGUGACAGACUCUGAAGCACCUGCAUCUGUGGAAGCCAGUGCUGUCACCAUGACAACCGGCUCUGACACUAUACGCAGGAGACAACGCACAGCUGAGCAUCCAGAAAGUGUCACUCAAAGCAAUAACCAAUUAGACUCUCCUAGCAGUCAAACAGAUAGCAGCCGGAAAAAUGGAGGUGAGCCGCAGCAGAAUGGCGGCGUGGUACUGAGGCGGCGGCCGGUGUCUGAGGUCUCUGAUAGGACGGAGGCCAACAGAGAGAGCUGUGAGUGGAUGGAGGCUAGGAAGUCUCUGAAGCCGCCGGUCUCACCUAAACCAUCCACAGUCACCCUGAGGAAGACACAAGCGGAUCCCCCAACACCGACUCGCAGGGUCCCCAUACCCGGGCCUGACAACACUGAGACAGCACAGAGUCCUGAGCCGAAGCGCGUCCCUCCUCCUGUGUCCCCGAAACCGCGUGGGCCUCCGACGGCACCUAAACCAGGAAAAGCAAUAGUAGCUUCAGCUGCCAUGAGCCCGAGUCCUGUUGCUACCAGCCCUGCUGCAGCCAGCCCCACCCCGGCCCCCAAACCCUCCUCUCCUCUCCCCUCCUCUGUCGCCCCUCUUCCUGCUCCUGACACCCCCUCUGCUCCCUCCCUCUCUCCAGGACUCCCUCUUGCUUCCCCUUCUCCGGCCCAGAGUCCCUCCACGCCCUCCCCACACCCAGUCAAACCUCCCCGCUCCUCCAUCGCCGGCCUCUCCAUCGACCUGCUGGGAGGACGAGAGCUGGAGGAGGAAGAGGAGAGGAGGCGAGAGGAAGAGGAGAGGAAGAGAGAGAGGGAGCACAAGAGGGACAAGGAGCAGCAGGAGGAGAGGAAGAGGGCUGAGGAAGAGAAUGCGAGGGAGCUGGAGGGUCAAGUGGAGGAAGUACAGCAGGAGGAGGUGCAGCAUCGUUUGGAGGAGACCAGUGCCUCCUUGGCUGCGGCUGUGCAGGCUGUAGAACAUAAAAUCAAAGAGGAAGAUGCACAAAAUGACUCUCUUUCCAGCAAGAAGUCUACAGUCUCCAUCUUGGACGACAUCGGCAGCAUGUUUGACGACUUGGCAGACCAACUGGAUGCAAUGCUCGACUGAUCUCCUGCCCACAUCUCAUCUCCAACAAGCCCUUUCCCCUCUCCCGUCAUCAUGUGUAGGUGUUUCAAGAAAACUCUCCCAAGGCUAGAUGCUGGCGCUCUGAGAGUGUGUGCGUGUGUGUGUAUGUGUGUGUGUGUGUGUGCAUGUGUGUGAGCGUAUGUCCCUCCUGCGUGAGCGCUUCUCAUGUAGCCUUGUACAGUAAUACCGAGGAGGGAGUCCUCUUCGUCUGGCGCAGUAGCUCUAGUACGCCUCCCAAUGCGAGGAGGCCGCUCCCACACAACCUCUGACCUCUGCAGCCCAGCGAGUCGCCGCCGCCGCCCAGCCUCAGACGGCUGUGUGGACCCAGAAGCACAAUCAUUUUCCUCGUCCUUUUAUCUCUACAGACUCUGACAGAGAUGCUAACUCAGUCAGACAGGGAGGCAGACAGAUAAGCAUAUUGCUUGCAAAAAAAAAAAAAGCACAUAAACUGACUGACGGACAGGCAGAUAGAUAGUUAGAUAGACAAGAUGCAUACAGAUGAGAUAACGGAGAGCGUUUUUAAAAGCACAUGGAAAGACAGGCCGCUUUCCGAGUCUGUCCCACUCCUGCGAUGUCAAACGGAUGCAUUUUUCCAGAUGAAUCGUAGCCUCUAUUUCUCUUCUGUAUGAGUGGAGGAUUGUGGUUUAGCCGGACUUCCUGACUUGUGUGUUGUCUCUCUUCAUGUUGUUGUUGUUGCUGUUGUUGUUAUCGUUGCCGUUGUUGUCGUUACGAGUGUGUGUAGUCCCCUGCUGAUGCUCAUGUCAAUGUCCUCCCACUCGUACAGUAGUUAUUCUAAAGAUCAGAACGAUGAUAUAGAUGUGUGUCCAUGAAUUUUUGAGACACUCACACACACACACACACACACACACACACACACACACACACUGGUUUUAAUCUCGCUGGUGUUCUGCUUUGUUGGUGUUUAGCUCCAUCUAUGGAGGUUUGCUUGGAAAUGAGUCUACACAUCUACACACACACACACACACACACACUCAUUUACAUGCAAAGACACAUAUAUACAAGCACACUCAUGCGGUGUAUCCCCUUGUCCUGCUGCAGUGAACAGUGUUUUUAAAAGAUAAUCCUAUAUUUCAAUGCUUUAUACAGUACAUCCAGUAUACAUACAUAGAGUUUAUAAUAUACCUGGGUAUUUGAGCUGUUAGAGCUCCCUCUAGUGUUGGUUAGUGAAACUGCCUCUAAUCUGCCCACCUUCCAUCUUGUCUCAACCCCCUUUUUAUCUCCCUCUGUGUCCGUUUUGUUAACUCUGCAUCUCUCUGUGCCUUGGUAGUGUUCUCUCAUUUAUUCUUUUUAUUUGUCUCUUUUUUUCUUUUUUUCCAUUCAAACAUGUUUAAUGGUUUUCUGGUUCCUUCCGAACCCUCUCUCCUUGUGUGUCCGUGACGUCAAAAGUAGCUUCUAGGUUGAGUUGUGAGUCCUAUAUGAUCCCCUCAGAUCAAUCAGUAAGCUGUAAUAAAUUGGCUCUGCUCCUCCUCGGCUCCCCAGUUUUCAGUGGUCCCCCCCAUGUAGGCCAGACAGUGGAUCAACCACCAGUGUUCAUCCCAAUGAAGAGUCCACUUGUAUUUUUAUGCUCUUUGAAAACAAAGAUAUAUUUGAGAGACAGAUGGUUCUAUGUGAAUAAUAAUAAUAAUAAUUAUAGACAUUGAAUUGAGGUGAGCUGAUUGAGCCUGUACAUUUAUGGUUGAGUUCUGGAUGUGUUGUGACGGCUGUUGUGCCAUGGUUGGGUUAGGUUGUGUUUCUGCUGUGACGAUGCAUUCCUGUACAGCUGUGAUCAGA